UUCUCCGAACGUAAAGAUGAAAUGGAAGCAAGAAAUGACAAAGGGGCACCUGUAGUUUAGCGUGUGGCCACACUUCCCGCCAAACGUGCAUGUCCUAAAAUCAUCACGUGACAGCCAGUGAAAGCUCUCCUCCCCCCAGCCACGCCACAUGAAGCCAGUGUUAUUAGGGGUGUUGGCUUAAGAACACUGAAAACGGAAUGGCAUCGAUGAUAAAUGCAAAGGGCGUUUUCUACGGGCGCGUCCGACCAGAGACAAGGAGGAAUAUUCUAACCCGUAUAUCAGGUAAAGUAAAGUAUCGUUCUUUCCUAGUUAAAAGCCGGUAGUUGACAAGUUUUUCUUUGAUUCGCUGGGAAGUUGACUGUGCUCUUUUAAAAACGGCACAAAGAGGACGGUUAUUUAAGUACGUGCGAUGGAAAACAGUUUCUCGCUUUGAUUCAGUUUCAUAAAGUGGAAAAUACCGUUGCAACCCUUAUUUUAUCCUGUUAUCUGCAUGUAUAAAUUCCAAGUUUGAACUUGUCCACAAACAGAUUAAAUACACGAUUGCAUAUUAUGAAAGUUCCAUCCCACGAGCUGAAAGUGAAGCACUAAGACUUCGGUAUUCCUGGUUACUUUAAUCAGUUUAACAAUGUUGGAAAAUUUAAACAAUCUCAGUAACAACAAAUUCACGAAUCUAUCUUGGCCACAAUUUAACGAGCGGUGCACAGUACAGAUUAACGAGCAAACCAAAACGAUCGCUCGAUUUUACAAUAUCACUGUUCGCUAAACUAAACAAUCCAGAUAACGAGUUCAGCUCGGUAUCCAAAUGACAAGUAUGUUGUGGUCCAUAUCAAGCUGUCCGGGUUUACCCGCCAAGAGUUGGCAGGCGUGGUUGUUGUCUUGUUCUGUGCUCUUGGUUCGGAUACAUUAUUCUCAUAGAGCCCGUCUCCAUCCACGAGCAUAAAUGGGGACCCGAGAAAUGUUAGUGCAAAAGGCGCUGUAAGACCUUUGCAUACUGCAAACUACAGACUACAUUUAGGCCUAAAUAGCGCUCCGGUUAGCCUGGUAAUCACUAGUGUUAACCUGAGUAGCGCUCAGGUUAGCCUGUUUAUGGUUAGCUCUCAAUUAUGGAAAAGGGACUGAAACGAUAUGGUCUGUCUGUAAAUGUCGUGCACCGGAGCUAUGGGUGACCUGGUCAACUAGUCGAAUAAGCAAUACACCCGGUCGCUUCUUACUACCGAAAAAGAAGUUUUAAAAGCGCCAGCACUGAUAUCUGUGGCUUCUCCUCCCUCUAGGAUUACGAAUCAUGCUUACUCACACUUCACUGAACUGAAAAAAAUCGCUUGACAUCUAUAACCAAACUAACGUUACGGUAUUUCUAAACUACUUCCCAACUCAUAGAGACCCCAGGCCGAGGUUGUGGGGUAAUUCUGAAUUCUUUGAAGAAGUUAGGUCACGUAGAACGAAUAAAAAGCCGUAUCAUUGACUCAUUGAGAAAACGAAACUUAACUGGAACCGACACCAUGAGACAACAAAGAUGAUCAAGAACACUGCAGAGCACUUUUUUUAAUUACACAAUAUUCAGUUAAUCCGUGUCAAGUCUCACCCUAUCCAGUAAUUUCAGUUGUGUUUUUAGUUCUCUUGCUUCAAACCAUUAGACUAACCGAUAGCGUGACCUACUCCCUUUUCAUAAUGCCAUCAACUGUUCCAUUAAUGAAUAAUUCGCUUAAGUGCACAUGCCCUGCUUUAGGUACCAGGACUAACCACAAGUUGUUUACUCCUUCUAUUCCAUAGAGUCGCCACGAGGGACAAAAUGAAAAUCACUUGAUCAUUGUUCAUUAACAUGAAGUCGGCUUCACUUGGCAUCCUAAUUCUAGCACAGUACAUUUCUCAUGCCUGGAGUUCAAUAGCAACAGGUAAAAGUCGAUGGUCUCCUUCCUUCUUGAGUCAAGCAAGUGACCUGUCAUGCGAGCCCGGAGAGAUCAGGAACAACGUCACGUUUCUCCAUGGCACCAAAUCCGGGAACUUUACAAAGUUAGGGAAGGUUUCUGACCUGGAAGUGUGUAUGUUAUUAUGCUGUGAGCUGGAUCGCUGCCAGGCCGCGUUUUUGGCGGGAAAGAACUGCUACUCAGUCACUUGCUUUACAACCAAUCAUUGCGCAACUGCGCCCGCACUUAACAACAAAUGGCAGCCAGUGGUGGCGUUUGUAAAGCGAUUAUACAAAGCUGUUCACGUACAAGCAGCCUCCAAGGGAGCUCAAAUUACCAAUGAUGCAGUGGAUCAUGGGAAGACUACGAAUCAGGGUAGUGGGAGCGGAGCCACUGAUAAUUCAACUUCCGGGAACGCGUCUGCGAAAAAGAAAGCGCAUCUAAAGAAGUUUUUUAAAGAAGAGGAUGAUAAGAAAAACAAAAACACACACGACGAUGCAAGACUAACAAUCCCUGCAGAAGGAAGAGCGGAUACUGUUGAACUGGAAGAGUUACAGAAACAAGCUUCAUCCAAGGGAAAGGUUGCACAUGCGCAGAAACAUUCUGCCAAGUAUAAUCUUGUGUCAGCGGCAGUAGCCACAUGUCUGAUGGCUUUUGUUCUCAGUGGAUGCGCCGUUGUCGCAGCAAGAAUCCGCAAACGGAAAGAAAAUAUCACAGAUUAUGCUCAGUUAUCUGAAGGACAGGAGUAGCCAUUAAAUGGCUGUAGUGACAGGGUCUUUCAUGAGAGAACACUUUUUGGCUAGAAUGUCAAAUCAAGUUAUUACCAAGACAAAUCGGUUGACAUUUUCCUGGCGAAUAAAUAAAGGAAAAGCACGUAGUUUUCAGUAACCCCACCAACAAAAUGAACAACAGCAAUGGGAAACUGAAACUCCACAGUAUUCAAAUGUCAGCACUCUAAAUUCAUUCAUUCAUUCAUUCAUAGACAAAUAUUUUUUUUUACUUUACUACGGCCAGGGAUUUCAUUAAGGGCUGGGCACUGGGCAAAUUGACCGGCUGCGAGGAUUAUUUUGCCCGCCCAGAGGAGAGUUUUUCUUAUAAAGAAGUUCAGUUCAAAAAGUUCCGUCCACCCGUGAAAACACGUUGUCCUCCUGCUGAAGACGUGAAUGAAACUCUUGAUUACCAUGUAAUGCUAUCUCCAAAGAUCUUUUCAAAACCAAGCUGAAGCAAUAAGUCUUUAAAACUGUACAAAAAAAUAAGGACGCUAUAUUUAUAACUCACAUCUUGUUGAGGGAAAGCUCAACUGACUCAUCUUAUCCAACAGAUAAGAAGUCCGCCAUCAGAUGUUUCUGUCUAAUUCUGAAAGAAAAAAAAUAUAAAAUCUUCUUCAAAAAUAUUUUGUUAAUAAAAACAAUGAAAAUGUGCGGUGUUGCUUGUAACUCUCAUGGCGGGGAGUGGAAAAGUAGGGUCCAGACCACGUCUCCCGGAAAAUAGCAACGGCAGGUUUUUGUUUUUGUUGUUGUUGUUGGUUUUGUUUUUCGGGCCCCUGAUCUUUUACGUGACCAUUGUGGCCCUGUCACGUGACAUUUCAAUCAAGACGAAAUUGGUAGAAAAAAAUGGAUGCCACAACUCAAGAGUGUGGUGAGGUUAGUAAGGUUACCAGUUUUGAGACUAUAAUUGAUGCUUAUGAGAGAAAUUUUCAUUGCCUUGCCACCCAACAACUUUUUUUUCCGGACAAAAAUACAGUGAUUGAAUUAGUACGUGGAUUUCAGUUAAAUAAAUUAAAAAUAAAAUAAGUUAAAUAUAACGGAUGGACCAGGAAUUGAACUAUCAAAUACAACUGUAUGUGUGUCAUGUUCCAUUGCACGCGUGCCUUAUUACUUUACCUUGUACGUAUAAUACCUUUCAUCGUUUUGUUAACUAGUUUUGUUAAAAAAGGAAAGGAAUUUGCAUACUUUUCAAUGGUAAAAUAAGAACAAGUAAUUUUAUUGAAUUUAUUUUCCAUCAACACAGAAAAAUGUUCUUUUUAAAUCUCAGCUUUGGCCAUGUUUUUAAUAUACUCUUAAAAUUCGCUGAUUUAACCGUUUUAUUCUCAUAUUAAAAAAGGGAAAAAAAGAAAAAAAGGAUUCUUAUAAAACAAAGAGCGUUAGUCAAACUCAGUACCAAGUAUGAGAAUAUUAUAGGAAGUAAUCAUUAAGGGAUCUUCAAAACUGAGAAAAAUUAGAAGCUUUGUUUGGAUUAGGGAAGGCAAGUAAGAGACUCACUAUAUUGUUACUAUAAACAACGCUUGGUAAACUGACAAACUUUACUCUCAUGGGAAAGGGAGGCCAAAGAAAGUGGAAACGAUCGGGGCAGAAAGCAAAUUCCUGAGAAGGCCAGGAACAAGAGGAAAGAGUGAUAUUUUGGGGGUCAAUUUGGUCAACAACUAGUGCAAAUUGAAAGCAUUGCAAGUUACUAGUAAACUGUUGUUUAUGUCAGAAAUACGUACAUAGAUAGUGUUAAACUACAGACCAAGCAACUCCAAGAUUUCUACAUAUUUUUGAUUUUCUACCUGGACUGAAACAUCAUCACAGCUAGGAAAAGCACAUAUAAUAAAAAUGAUUCUGAAAUUUAAUUCCAACAUGUGCAUUUCCAAUCUGUUCUGGAACAGUACCCAACAUUGCUACAGAACGUAUACACUGCAAGGUAAAUGAAAUUCAUCUAUUUAUUGUGUAUAUAGCGAGAAUUUUAGGGAAUAAACUUUGCAAACAGAUUUCUAUAUGCUAUAUUUUCUCUUAUUACUGGCUAGCCCCGUGAGCGGGCAAGAUGAAUCAAAUCCUGUGUUGUGAUUGGCUACCCGAGCGGGCAAGAUGGAGCUAUCUUGCC